UAGAAUAUUGAAACUGAUAUUAGAGAGAGAUUGUAGACCUUGUUGUGUAUAUUUAUUUUAUUUCAGGAGUAAUUCUGAUGCAUCUUUGAUUUGAAUUAACCUUAUUUUUGGUAACGUAUGGAAUGUUACUUCUAGAUGAUUGUGUAACUUAGAGAAGGCACUUGGUGGGGAUGUUAGGAUGUAUGAUGGAACUACUCUCAUUGUCAGUAUCUUCAACCAAAAGGGUGCAAAAUUCAUGAAGCAGCCUUACAACUUAAGGAGAUGGGUGGAAAUGGUAGCCUAACCAGAGGCGAAGAAGCUGCUGAUGCUAGCAAGGUAUCUGAUCAAUCAGCUGAAAGGAAAAAAAGUUUGGUGGACUGGAUGAACUUGAUUAAACCUGCUAAUGGGGAGAAAGAUCACUGGGUUCCGGAUGAAGCUGUUAGCAAAUGCACAUCAUGUGGAUCAGAUUUUGGAGCUUUCAAUCACAGGCAUCAUUGCAGGAAUUGUGGCGAUAUUUUCUGCGACAAGUGCACAAAGGGUAGAAUUGCUCUCACUGCAGAAGAAAAUGCUCAGCAAGUCCGAGUUUGUGAUAGAUGCAUGGCAGAAGUUUCUCAAAGGUUAAGCAAUGCAAAAGAAACUGUCAGCAAACCUGUCGGUCUGCAAAGUCAUGAAGAUCUUGUGCGAAGGCUUCAGGAGGAAUUGAACAAGAAUCGUAAGUCGGGUUCAAAUUCUGAUGAGUCUUGGAAGCCAAUGAGGGAAGUAGCAUGUCCCAUCUGCACAGUCCACCUUCAGGUGCAAGUUCCUGCCUCAGGCUCCCAAACAAUCGAAUGUGGUGUCUGUCAACACCCUUUCUUGGUUGAUGCAGGUCGAGUCAGCCACAGCCCCACAUCGAGUCAAUAAACCGUGGCCGGUUUCAGGUUUCAUUUACUGCAUUCUUCUUUUUCCCUUGUUUGAGUUCUGCAGCCUUCCAUCUAUUAAAAUGGUUUGUAGUUAAACUAAGCAAUUUGAUAGAUGCAGACAACUUCAUGUUUUGGUUGUCUCAUUCUAUUUGUUCCUAUCUACUGCUAAUAUCCUAUGCCAAUUUAAUGUAUUCAUGCAAAGCUAAAAAAAAAACUUAUAGAUAUGCCGACAUUGUUAGUCUUCAUCAAUUGAUUGUUAUAAUGAACUCAAAUUGAUAUUAAUAUUAGAAACAUAACUUGUCAAACAAUCAUCGUUAGUAAAAUGUGACAGUAUAAAAAUAUGAAUCAAUGUCUUCAUUACGAUUGUUGUUGUUGCUAAUUAAAACAACUAGGACAUGAUAAUUCCAACCAUUACAGUCGAAAUUUAAAUUGUUUGCAAUUUAAAUUGUUUGCAGUAACAGUCGAAAUUUCAACCAUUACAAUCGAAGCUGUUGUGAUUAUUGUUUGCAAUUCCUAAUAUCACAUAUGGUAAAAAGUUUAAAUUGACAUGAUAAUUCUAGUAGAAACAUUUAAGUCAUGAAAUGCUUAUUAUAACAUCACGACAAUCAUCAUGAUGAUUAGCUUGUUAGCAAAUUGCUUCAUGGUUCAUGCUACAUGGAUAUUUCACCUGCAAAAACUUUCUUAUAAAUUGUUAUUUGUGAUGCUUUAGUCAUAUGUUGAGGCUUAUCUUUCUUUUAUUUUAUGAUCAAGGCACAUUUUUUCUUUUGUUCAUUAGGGACAAAGAGGCUCAGAGGAUUCAUGCUUCACUUAUUGGAAUUUGAGAAUCAUGUUCAUUCAUCUUUUCUUUAAAACUAUUAUAUUAGUCCUUUACUAAAAAAUAUAUUUAGGGGUUUCUCAAAUUUUAUUAUUGAAUAGUCUAUUUGUUUACUUACUUCUCAUUCUUCUUUAACUUCUGGCUUGCCCCUCAACAUUCUAUAAUAUUUCUUGCGAACUAUUGGCAAUUACUCUAUAGGAAUUGUGACUUCUAUUACUCUCUGUUAUAUUUAUGUAAGAAGGAAAAAAGAGACAUUAACUAAUUCUUGAAUUGCAUUCUAGAUAUUCAUUUGUCACCAGAGCAUUCAUCAAUAAUAAUUUUACACAUCUCAAUUCCUUUAGCUUUUGCUUUUUCUUGUUUAUUUGUGUGCUUUCACUUUGCACUUUUCUGGAAAAAUAUAUUGCAAACUAAUAUUUAGCUCAUUUUUCCAUCAUUUUAAAACUAAAGAAUUAUCAUACUAAGAAUGUAGGUUUGUCCAAAGAAAGCCUACCUCGUUGGAGUUGAAUAUAAAGGCACUAAAGAUAAUACUUUUUCUGUUGAUUAAUCACUUGAAUAAUUUGCACAAUUAGCUUAUACUGCUCCACUUAUCAAAAACAUGGUUUUUAAUUUCGAUGUGUACUGCCUGGUAUAGGCAGUACGUAUUGGUCCAAGAGCCUCUCGACGCGCGGACUGCCUGCUAUCAGUCGGUGCCAAAUUUUUGGCCCCGUAUCGCCUGAUACAAGGUUGUAUUGGGCAGUAACAGUCGAAAUUUCAACCAUUACAGUAAAAUUUCAAAGAAAGCCUACCAACUUUUAGUACCAACUUUUACUAUCAAGAUUCACGAUUAAAACUGCGUUCGUAUGUUGAAAUCUGAUUUCGACGUAAUGGUCGUUUCGUGCAGAUAAUAACUUUGAAAGCUUAUGGAAACGUAUUUGAAGUAAAGUAAGGAAGACAAUUUGCAGUUAAGAUAAAUAGCACAAAGGAAAUGCAAACCAGAUUUUAGAGUGGUUCGGUCAAACGUAACCUACAUCCACUUUCGGCUUCCUCCUCCGACGAGGUCACCGGUGUCUACUAGAGGCCUUCCUUCAAUAAGCGAAGGCCAACCACAUUUUACACCUUUUCUCCUUUUGACGGGCUUAGGAGACAACCCUUACAGAUUUUCACUCAUAUCUUGAAUGAUCAAAACUUAGAAUAAGAGAGGGAGAAGAACUUCUAGCAUUUUACAACACUUUUAAGCUCUCAAAUUCUCAGAAUAAAUGUAAGCUUUCGGUUACCCUUUCAUGCAGAAAGGGUGGGGUUUAUAUAGGCCCCAAUCAGUUUGAAUUUGGAGCUGAAAAGUGUCAUCUCUCGGUUUUUCGGGGUCCUGGUAGUACUACCGCCAUAACUGGGCGGUACUACUGCUUGUCAUCUGUCACUAUCCUUUUGAUGUCAUAUCAAUUCAAUAAGAAGCUAACCAUAACUCUCGAUUUCCUAAGCAUCACCUGUGUUCAUAUCAGUUCCUAAAAAAACUCAAAAUGACAUUACAGUUUAUUAGUAAAAAAAAAAAAAGAAAAACACAGAUUGUACUUACAUUAAUAAGAAAAAUUGUUAAUACUUAAGACACUUCAAAUUGUUCAUGUAUUCAAAAAUAAGAUCUAUCAUGGGCCUUGUAUAUUUAUGUUCUUUUGGUAUCCUUUUUUGUGCAUAAAUUCAUCAUUUUGCUCGAUUUGAAUUGGACAGGCAUUAGUCCAAGCUAGGUAUAACCGAAUUUAGUUUGCUUGAAGUUUUCUGUAUUAUAUAAAUGACAGUGCUCAUGGUCAUUAAAAUGUUAUCUAAAAGCUAUGUCUUUAUUUACUACUCAGUCAUGGAUUUGUUUUAAUAGCAUAGGAUGUACCGAUGUAGCAGUUGGUGUAUAUCACCAUAUUGAUGGGCCAGUCAUUUUUUCAAAGGGAAGUAUAAGUUCACAUUUACAAGAAAACAUAGGAAUUAAUUGUAAUGGAUUGAAGAGUACAUAACUAUGAUAGACUAUUUGCCUUCGAAAAAGUCAAGACAUUUGACUUAAAACAAGUACACUCUUUGGGAUUAAUCUUCAAUUGAGGCCCUCCUAAGAUCAGUUAGAAUCUGGUCAUUAGCCUUUCUUGAAUGUUGACUUUCACAAAAUGAUUAAACAUGGCAACUGCCUAGCGAUCCCUAAGUACAGAUGAUUACAUACGAUUACAUACUUAAACUAGUUGAAAGAAAAUAUGGCUUCAUGACAUGAUUAGUUUAAUGCAAAUAUGGCUUUACAUAUUUAGAAUGAUUGCCAUUAGACGAAGCAUGGAAAAGGACUCUAACAAAAAGUAGAGGUCUCUUCGAUUCAGUUAAAAUUGGAUUUUAGUCUAUAAGCUUGAAAAAAGAUUGGGGUGCUAGGACAUAGGGUUCUAUAUUCGUGAAGGAUAUUGACUGCUUGUCUUUCCUUUUCUACAACGGAUUUUAUGCCACGUCCAAAUUUUUGCACUCUGUAAAUGGUUGGUAGUUACCAUUCCUGUUGAGUAUUAUGAAUUUUCUAGGGGCAUAGAAUGGAGUAUUCCAUACAUUCAUCUCCCAUGGGAAUCGAGCUCCAGCAAUUCAUUUAUUGAAAGUUCAACGUUUACACUUGGGGCUUAUUUUGAAAUAUGGGAAAGAAGCAAGUUGAGAACUUUUAAAUCCCCAUUGACUACAAACCAAAUCCUGGGAGUGGACCCUUCUGUACAUGGAAAGCCACUUAUGCCAGGGGAAUACAUGUCAUUUCUUGAGAAUCAGAACUUUAAUCCUGAAGCUGAAUUCAUUAUGAUUUCACAAAAUUCAGAUAGGCAGGUCAAACAGAGGUGGAAGCAUUUUGGUAGAAACAUGUUCUGGUUAGCUAUAUUUGGUGGUGGGCUGACCUUGCUCCAUGUGGCAAUUCUUUGCCUUUUGAAAUUGAGGAGGGAUUCAGAAAAGCAAGAAGAGUAUGGAGCUCUGGUGUUCCCUAGGUUCGAAUUAAUUUUGGUUAUGCUUGCAUUACCAUGUAUAUGCCAGGCAUCUGCUGCUUUAAUUAAAGGGAAAACAUCUACAGCUAUUGUUGUUGGAGUUGUACUCCUGGGUAUCUCCACAUCCUUCCUUAUCUCCUUGCUGCUGUUCCUCUCAAUUGGCAUCACAAUGGCUAAGCUUCUGCAGUACAAAGAAGUUCAUCAAGAGGGGCAAGAGUUCCAUUGGUAUCAAGAGUUUAUCCGUGUAACUCUUGGUCCCGGGAAAAGAGGCCAAUGGACUUGGACAGAUCAACAUAAAUCAAUUAAUCAAACAAAACUAGGUCCAUUAUUCGAAGACCUCAGAGGGCCACCAUAGUACAUGUUGACACAAAUUUCUAGUGAGGGGAAUCAAGCAAAACAUGAAGACCAAGACCGAAUCAUUGCUUCUGAAGAUGAGACUGAAGAUGCAGAAGCCCCGUUUCUCCAGAAACUCUUUGGCAUCCUCCGAAUUUACUAUACACUUCUGGAAUCAAUUAAACGUGUCUCUCUUGGAAUUUUGGCUGGUGCUUAUUCAUCAAAUAGGCCUUAUAGGAUUCCAACCCUCAUUAUUUUGUCCAUCACCUCUUUCCAACUUUUUUUCCUUGUCUUGAAAAAGCCCUUUAUUAAAAAGAAGGUGCAGUUUGUUGAGAUUAUCUCAGUAGCUGGUGAAGUGGGUUUAUAUGGGGCUUGCCUUGCUCUAUUGGAGAAGGAUUUCUCUAGUGCUAAUGAGAGGAGAAUAUGGUUUUUCAUGCUGGCAAUGUUCAUAUGUUCAUCAUCAUGUUUACUGCACAACUGGUCAACGAAUGGUAUGUCUUAUAUUGCCAAGUUAUUCGACUGAGCGCAACUAGGAACUCAUUCUCUUCAGGAUUAAAAAGAGCUCUUGGUGGACUUUUACUAAUCGUGCUACCCACAAGGCUGUCAACAAAUCUGAACAACCAGUUAUCCUCCAGAAAUGGAGAAGGAGACAGUGGAAUUACAGUUACUCCCAUCGGUCAAGUCCAAAGAACUUCAGGUACAAGUGAAGGGUCAUGGCUGAGACAACUAAGAGAGGAUGCAAAGACUAGCUUCAGUAGAGAAGAUGCAGGAGCUCCUAAUGACCCUUCAAGCAGCAGCAUGUACCAGAGAAGUGUUUUUUGGAGUGGAAAGAGAAGCAGAAGCUCUUCUGUAACAUCAUCAUCUGACUCCAAGUCAAGGGGGGACGGCAAGCUGAAGUUAAGAGGGUUGUAUAAGGAUUUGGAGAACAUUUUCUCAUCAAAGUGAUCUAGUAAUUGAUCAACUCAUUCAAUUUAUGUGAGUUCAAAGCUCAUACGAGCGUCGAUGGAGAAGUGGAUCCUGAUCUUAUUCAAAGAAUAAAAAUAGGUAUUUGCACAGAUAUAUGGUGUUUGGGGUCUAGGAUCAUGUCAAUGGUCACUAAUUGAAGGGAAUAAAGCCUAUAAACGAAAUCCCGAUUUCUGUCAGUGCUUCAUACUUCAUAGCUUAUUGCUAUUAUCGAUUUUCAACUUUUGUUAUGCUACAUCUGGUCUGAGCCUUCUUCUCAUUUGAUAGUUUGUCUAAUCUGACAUGUUUUCUAUAGGAAAUGUUGUUUCAUUAAAAGCAUCAGAAGAUAAUCUUGUACUGUCUAUCUGAAUCCGGUACAAUGUAUAGUUGAAGGGAAUGAAAACUACAAACCAAAUGCAUAUUCAUUUUGUAUUAAGA